CAGAGUUUAAUCAGGAUACGGCUUUUCAAGCAGAAUUUAUCAUUUUCAUGGAAACUCCCUUAGAAAAUGGACGCGUCACAUUUAUUUUCCAGAACCAGUCUCCGUGUCAAGUUCUUUUUCGCGUUUUUUAAACUACUGAACGUGUUUCACGGCAAUAUUUUGCCUUAGCGGGUAUGAGGCGGGAAAAGAUUUAGAGACAAACAACGACUUUCUCCAGACCCUUAAUGGCUCACCGCAGGAGCCGUGGAGUUAGAAUGUUCAGAUUCUAAUAUUUCUCCGUCUUUUGUAGACGAAGAAGAUGAUUCCGACCUUUUGAGCACAUGUUCCUUUUGCAAGAAACGAGUCCCAGCCUGUAAUCUCCAGCUACACUCACUUCGCUGCGACCAGAUGCAGAGAUCUAAACUGGCCGAAACAAACAGAGCAGAAAGGAAUCAGGAGAUGUCGGCUCCGCCAAGUGCGAAGCCGCAGAAGACAAAACUUAAAACCAAAUCCUUGUCAGCGUUACAACCAGAAGAAGACUUUGACAAACUAUUGGCUUCUUUUACCAAAUUAGACACACAAUGUGGCUUCGACGGCUGCAAAAAAAGUAUUAGAACUCUUGGACAGUUGUGUAAAUGUUGUGAUGGUACGUUCUGCUUGUCUCAUCAUAUCCCCGAGGUUCAUGGUUGUGGUGAAGCGGCAAAAUUGAGAGCUAGACAACAAGCUAGCAAGCCAAAGGCGGGGAAACCAAAAGCUUUGGACGUGACUCGUAAAGCGCAGCUACAGAGAAAAUUGGACAAAAGACUUGAUGAUAUGUCGGAACAAAGGAAAUCAAAGCGUAAAGGAAAAGACAAUAAGUAAAAAGUUAUAACAAAGUGUCUGCAACAGGUCAUUAUCACAAAUCCCUCUUGCCGUGUUGUCUCCCGCCCAGACAAGUCCUUCAACUUUUUAAAUCGCUGUGAUCUUUCGCAAAAUUUGAGACUAGUUUUGCUUUUCCGGCACCAAAGGCGGUUACCCAAGAGAGAGCUCACUGUAAUUGAGAGAGAGAGAAAUUUUGGCGCUGAUCAAAUUGUGUUAAAAAAGAAAAAUGUGAAAAUUUUGGAAGAUUUGAUUUAUGCGCUUGCUCUAGGUCUGUUAGGAAAGACUUACAUUUGCGCGUAAAUAUGAAGGCAAACAUAAGAAUAUCCCUAUGGCACCGAGAGAGUUUUUAGCCUUCACCUAAAGUGUGUUAACGAAAUAAAAGUUUAGAUUUUUAUGGUUAAAAAAAAGAACAAAAAAGCUAUGUAAAUGA